AUGGCAUCCCCUGAUCUCAAGCUGGAACUUCUUGAGGACCAGGAAAUGUGGAUGUGCGAGUGGCGCUCCAUCAUGCACACGGAUGAUUUAGGAAUUGAUUUGGAUAUGGAAGACAAGGACAUGGAGAUGUUGAAGCAGGGGCGGAAGGCUCAUAGGGACAUUGAGGGGCUUGUGAUAAGCGUGGAAGGAGAUGCGGGUGUGCCACAUCGUGGCGGGUGCAUUUCUGUACCCAAGGCAGAGAAGUGUGCAGCUUGCGAAAGCUGGAACAUCAAAUAUGGCGGUGCGCCUGGUGAGCGGUGUCCUCCUUGCACUACCGCUAAGUGCACUUGUAUGUUUGCUGGGAAGCACAAGAAUUCUGAUGCGCCCAAGGCACGUCCAUGCAAACCUUUGCUGAAGUGUUCUGCGGCUGGCGAAUCUGCAAAGGAGACAGCGUCUUCCGUAGCGGUUGAGGAGGCACUAGAGUCUGAGGAAUCUGACAUGGAUGUGGAGAUUGUUGGGGAGCACAAUGUGAGUGACCUGGAGAUUCGCACCCCGGCCGCUAUGCCUGAAUGUGCUAAACCUGCGCGCGCUGCGGGACCUCUGGCAUCUGGAUCUGUGCCUAAGGAAAAGGGUAAGGAGAUUGAUGUGUUUGCGCAGCUGGAGGAGUCUCACGCAAAUAAUGCGUGUUUGGAGGUGGAGAAUGCGCAUCUGCACGGUUCUUUGUUGGAGGUGCACCCAGCAGGUGGACCUUAUCCUGGUCUCCAACAAGCUUUUCACCAUGUCCCAGGAGUGGUCUGA